AUGAAAAUGAGUGAUUAUUGGACGACAAUGGCUUCUCUAGUUGGCAUGUUAGCCUUUUGUCAAACAAUCUUCCAGCUCGUGUUUCCGCCGGAGCUCCGCCUCGCCGUCAUCCACCUCUUGACACGCAUCCGCCACGUGUUCUCUUCCCACAUAUACUUCGACAUAACGGAGAUUGACGGCGUCAACACCAACGAGCUCUACAACGCCGUGCAGCUCUACCUCAGCUCUUCCGUCACAGUAAACGGCGACGUUUCCAGCAGCAGCAACACCCGUCUCAGCCUGACACGUGUCCCAAACUCAAGCUCCGUCACUUUCGGCCUCUCCAACAACGACAGAAUCACCGACGUCUUCAACGGCGUCACCGUCCUCUGGGAACACGUCGUCGUCCAGCGCCAAGUCCAGAGCUUCUCGUGGAGACCAAUGCCGGAGGAGAAGCGAGGUUUUACGCUACAGAUCAACAAGAGAGACAAAGCCCUCGUCCUCGAUUCCUACCUCGAUUACAUCGUCGGAAAAUCAGAGGAGAUUCGCCGGAGGAACGAGGAGAGGCUCCUCUACACGAAUUCGAGAGGCGUCUCGCUCGAUUCGAGGAGCCAUCCAUGGGACUCGGUGAGAUUCAAGCAUCCGAGCACCUUCGAGACGCUAGCGAUGGAUCCGGAGAAGAAGAAAAGGAUCAUGGAGGAUCUGAGAGAGUUCGCGAACGGAGGAGGGUUUUAUCAGAAGACGGGAAGGGCUUGGAAAAGAGGGUACUUGCUGUACGGACCUCCAGGAACUGGGAAAUCGAGCUUGAUCGCUGCAAUGGCGAAUCAUCUAGGUUACGAUAUCUACGACUUAGAGCUCACCGAGGUUCAGAACAACUCGGAAUUGAGGAAACUGUUGAUGAAGACCAGCUCGAAAUCGAUCAUUGUCAUCGAGGACAUCGAUUGCUCGAUCAAUUUGACGAAAAGAGGGAAGAUUCAGAAGAAGAAUGGGUGCUAUGACCCGGAUUUAAUAAACGGGUCGGGUUCGAUUCAUUCGAUGGAUGAACCGGGAAGCUCGGUGACACUCUCGGGGCUGUUGAAUUUCACGGACGGGCUUUGGUCUUGCUGUGGGAGCGAGAGGAUCUUCGUGUUCACGACGAAUCAUAUCGAGAAGUUAGAUUCGGCUCUGUUGAGGAGUGGGAGGAUGGAUAUGCAUAUUCACAUGGGUUUCUGUAGAUUCCAGGCGUUGAAGAUUCUGUUGAAGAAUUAUCUGCGGAUGGAGGAAGACGAGAUCGACGGCGUCGUUUUGAAGGAGAUGGAGGAAUGUGUGGAGGAGGCGGAGAUUACGCCGGCUGACGUUAGCGAGGUGCUGAUUAGGAAUCGGAGCGAUGCGAAGAAGGCGGUGAGGGAGCUUGUUGGUGUGUUGAAGGAGAGAGUUGCGAAGAGGAGGAAGAGUGUUGGAGAAAAGAAGAAGAAAGAGGAAGGAGAUGAAGAACAAGAGAAGAGAGCUUUGGAUAGUCCUAAUAGAAACAGAGAGGUCUUUGGGUUUCAAGAGGAAGAGGUUGAAGAAGAAGAGAAGGAGAAGUGA